AUGUUGUGGAUCAGAAAUUCUUCACUUCGCUCCUCAUUAUCUCAGGUUAUUCUAGGAUACCUGAUUACAUCUUGUCACGCUAUUGUCCUUGCUUACGAUUUCGUGAUAAUCGGCGGUGGCACCUCUGGUCUCGUGAUAGCCAAUCGUCUAUCCGAAAUCCCAAACAUAACUGUCGCGGUAAUUGAAGCCGGCUUUUCAGUUCUCAACAACACAAAUGUUAGUCGAGUUGAUGGAUUUACACUAAGCCUUAAUACACUGAUCGACUGGCAAUAUGAGACCAUCAAUCAGACCUAUGCUGGUGGUAGAACGGUCAAAUAUAAUGCUGGGAAAGCAUUAGGUGGAACUAGUACGAUUAAUGGAAUGACAUAUGUGCGCGCUCCAUCGCAACAAAUUGAUUCAUGGGGAGAACUCGGACUUGGAAAUACUGGAUGGAAUUGGUCGACUCUCUAUCCGUACUAUAAGAAAAGUGAGAGUUUUACAAUUCCCACUCGUUCUCAAAGAGCGGCUGGUGCAUCAUAUAUUCCUGCAUUUCAUGGAGAUAACGGACCUCUUAAGGUGGGAUAUGCGUAUGAUCUCAAUAAUGGUUCUCUUUCCUCUCAAGUAGGAAGUGCGUGGGAGAUGCUGGGAGUACAGCGGAAUCAGGAUAUAAAUGGUGGAAAUGUGACUGGAUACAUGGUGGGACCAUCUACGGUAGAUCGAGAAAAGAAUGUAAGAGAAGAUGCUGCGAGGGUUUAUUAUUAUCCUAUACAGGGUAGGUCGAAUUUGCAUGUGUUUUUGAAUACUACUGCCAGAAGAAUUGUUUGGGGUAGUAACUUGGGAGCAACUUACACGGCGAGUGGUGUAGAGGUUUUGGAUUCGGAUGGGGAGAUUGAGGUUAUUAAUGCGACGAGGGAGGUUAUUGUUUCUGCUGGGAGUUUGAGAUCGCCAGCUAUUCUGGAACUUUCUGGUAUUGGGAACCCGAAAAUCCUGCAAAAAUAUGGUAUACCGAUCAAGAUCAUCCUUCCUGGUGUAGGAGAGAACUUUCAAGACCAACCCAACAACUUAUUCGUCUAUCAGGGUAAUACCACAUACAACGGAACAGUACCAUAUGUGACUUACGCUCCACUAUCUUCAAUUCUCCCUAGUGUACCAGCAGCUAAUAUAAGCACUUGGGCAUCGACAAUUUCCGCUGCAAUCAAUAGCUCCAUUUCCCCUGGAGCCAUGAAUUAUCUAUUGACUAUACAGAAUAAUCUCAUCAAUCAUAACGUUCCAGAUAUUGAGGUCAUCUUCGGGAACACGGUAACCAUUGGAUCCGGACCAAGUGUUUAUCUGUACACAGCGUUUUGGGUACUCUUACCAUUUUCUCGCGGCAACGUCCAUGUUUCUUCCUCGGAUCCUGCUGCGUAUCCAACCAUCAACCCUAAUUUCUUUCUCGUAGACUUCGAUCUCCAAGUCCAAGUAGCAAUAGCAAAAUGGACCAGGAAAUUAUGGGCUACCAGACCGAUAGGAAAAGCGUUCACCGAAAUAUCGCCAGGAUAUGAUAUCCUGCCAAAGAAUGCUACGGAUGCACAAUGGGAAACCUGGAUCAAAUCAACGUUUGGACCCAACAAUCACCCAGUGGGUACGUGCUCUAUGCAGGGGAGAACAUCUGGUGGAGUGGUGGAUUCCAAUUUGAAGGUGUAUUUCACCAGUAAUGUGAGGGUAGUUGAUGCAUCCGUUUUGCCUUUCCAGGUUAGUGGACAUUUGACGAGUACAUUGUAUGCGGUUGCGGAGAAGGCAAGUGAUAUUAUCAAAACUCAAACAAAGACUUCACUCAGUGUACCUGCCUGA